AUGUGGGUGGCAAACAUUAGCGUCAAAGAGGAGCGCAAGGUAUUUGACUAGUACGAGGAAACACUGGUAUUCGUUAUCUUUUAAACGAAGAGCACCUGCGCGCACUCAAGUUCUGCGCGCACAAGCUUUUGGAGUUCGGCCGGUGUGUAAUACAAUGGUGAUAAUAGUACCAAUAUACUCCGCUGUGCCCAGAAUACUGAACAGCAUUGCUGUCCUCGUUUUUUGAGACAGCGCUAGGGCGGGCUUGACAACAAACAGCAGCACAGUGUAUUGCAGGUAACUGCGGUCGGCGUUGAUCGUCAGUAUUUCGCGCGAUUUUUCAACGACUACGGUCUGUUAGUACGCUUCACUCAUGUCCAACUUCGCAAAACAAGUGCCAACAUUCAGUAAAGUGUACAGAACAACAGGGAUAUGCAGCGGGUAGUAGUUCGGCUUUGGCGCGGCAGUGAGACCGGCGGAGAAGUCAGCAGAAAUAUGAAUCGAGCCAUUCGACUUCAUAAGCACAACGAUUUGAGCCGUCCGAUUGGAGAAGGUCAUGGUCACCGGAACCCAGAUUUAUCCAAACGCCUUAUUUAAGCAUCGGCCAGUGACAACGUCGCAUGCGGGACUGGUCUCUUUGAAAGGAAGAUUUGCUGACACAAGCGCGGCAUGAUUUGCCUUAUGUGCAACAACUCAGACCGUCUUUGCACACUGAAGUGAGCCGUUAAGGGAUGUCUUUUGCGGGAUCUGAAGGCACGACAGGAAGCCCCACUUUACUGCAAACACCACGGAUCGGCAAUUCGACAAUACAAGGUAGUUAGGUGCAUUCGAGUCCAAUCGAGAUAAGACCAGGUGACGUAGCAGAUAAUGAUAAUGAUAGUGCCGUCAAAAGAUACACAACGUUGCGAGGCCACCGCAUAUGCUGGUGGCUUAUUUGGUAGUCUGCCACAUUUCAUAAGUGUCUAGGUACUUUGAGAAACUCAUGUAGAUUACGGUAAUUUCAGAUGCAGGGGCAAACUAUAGCAGACUGCAUGACCAUUAUGCAGAACGUCAACAGACUUUCUCCGGUUAGUUACAUAUAGACGAAAAGGGGCCAAGAGACUCAGCAAAGUGUUGAUAGACUUGGAUUUGGACUUGCACUUCAAGCGGCAACGUCGGUUGGAACUGGAAGUAGAAGAUGCAGGGUUGGUUCCACAGGCUGACAUUGAGCGGCAGAACGCAACGCGGCGCUACACUUGACUAUAGUCUAUGGGUCCAUGUUGACGAGUGCGACUCCGAUGGAAAUGCCGUGAGCCAGAGGACUGACAAAGGGAUGACGGUGAUCUCGUUUCUUGAAAUUGUUUGGGCCGUCUGGCGAAAUGCAGUAUGGCUAGCACGGUUCUACGGACUAAAAAGGUUGUAGGAGUAUUCUGGGUGAUGGUGUAGUUGCACUCUUAUUUGAUCAGCGUUGUCCUUAAUCAGCCAGUCCUUGGAGUGCAACUGAAUCAUUCAGUUGCGCGUUGGACGAGGAAGUGUCUAGAUGUCAGCUUUCAUUGGAGACUGGAGGUCGCAGAUGAAUAUGAGGCAUUUAACCUGAACUUAGGUGAAAAACAGUGCCAAAGACGCUCGUUUACGUGAUAUGAAUAUCGGAUUCCUGUUUAGAAAUCUGGAGGCACUGGAGCGAAGUCCCGCAUUAUCCUUGAAAGUAAUUACUCGUGGGUUAUUGUGGAGGAUAAAGUUGGCUUAACGUUCGUAUUCGGGAGGACCCAGUUUGCGGAGUCGAGUUCGAACCUUAUAUGCAUUGUUCUAGUUGUCAUAUCGUCUGUACUAAGAAUCAAAGGUGAUAUGGGCUUGCGAGUUAUACAGGCACUCAUUGACACCAUGAGCAGUGUGGUUAAUCAGUUGUGAGUCAAUGCGCAACGCCAGAUUGGCCCAUGGAUGUACCGGACGGCUAAUACUUAAGUGUCUUCAUCAGCUUCAGUUUCCGUCCCGGCAAUGUUACAAAUAGUGCUGGAACUGGGUAAUACCACGAACUGUAUGCGUUCUCGACUGCUUUCUCACACUGCAAACAUGACAGGAAAGCAAAGCAUGAAUCGUCAAUGAUAAAAUGUACUGUGCUCCAUAAGUUAUCCUUCCUGAAAUACCACAUGUGCUUGUAGCGCCCCGUACAAGUUGAGUACGAUUCUGUCCAAUCUAUCUCAAAAAAGACUAAGUAGAACUAUUUCUUGCGGAAAUGGAACAGUCAUGUGCCAAGGAAGCGAUGUGGGCGCAAUCGAUGACGAGAAGGGCAAGGACGUGUUCAUGCGCAUUUUAAUGAAGUCGGACGAAACUUUUUAGAAAUCUAGGUAUUCCCGACAGGUUCUGAUUGACAUCGACUUUUAACACUGUUAAUUCGAAAUAUGUGAUUCUUUUGCAAAGACGGCGUAUUUACAAUGUAUGAUAACGCUCGUUAUUAAGAUUUUUGCCACAGACUGGGUCGUGUGUACGAAAAGCUAUGAAGGAGCCCACAUGUACCAAGUACCCUAACUAGGCAAGCCAUCUUGUCGAAAUUAAUGCCGACUUACUGCACUGGUGAUACCACCGAAGUGAAGAAUAAUCAAAGUGUAAAACAAAGAUUGAUGUACGAGUAGGCUCGUUUAAUCAUGAAAUUUCUUUUUGUAUUAAGUCUCAGAACUCCAAUGUACCCCAAAGCGCUAUCCUCCUAUAAGCGGGCCUUUUAAGCCUAACAUCUUAAUUGACUUGUGUUCAAGCCAUUCUUGAAUAAUAUCAACACAGGGUCCUGUACCAAAUAAUCACCAUGGAAUCAACAGAUGGAAUUACGCAUAACAUAAUACUGGUCUGCCGUAAUGAGAGCGUCAGUGUGCGGAAGAUUGGAGUUAGAGUUAGUGCGACACAGGGAGCAAAGGUCAACUUCAAGCCUUCCAAUCCAUAAAAACUUAAUGUUCGUCAACUGACAUCUCUUAGUGUAUGAAAUACCGGAUUCAGCUUGAGAAAAAAGUUUUCAAGUGGAAGCACGCUGAACAUUCUCGCUUUUGCUACGAUUGCAGGCCUUUAUUGGCUUAAGGAAAAAAUAGCAAUAUUUAAAGACGAGAACAACAAACGUUUGUUAAAGUCUCCGCUCCAUUUCUGGGAGGAAAAAUUAACUGAACAGCCUUUGUAGGGGCUCGAUCUGCAAGAGGUGACAGGGUAAGUUUACUUUUAUAACUUAGGCUUGGGUCCCCUAUGACGGAAGAUUCUGGGAGUGGGUUUUCUUGGGUGGGGGGGGGGGUUUAGGCCCGACAACCUUGGCAGGACCUUAUCACAUGAAAUUACGAUUGGUCGAAGGAAACUUCAUCUAGCAUGUCGAACCCCAUUUUCACAAGCUUACUGGACCAUAGUUAAUUUUGGGAACGAAAAUAUUUCAGUUUACCUCAGAAUAUGAAUAAACACAGUUAAGGUCAUUAGCGAGAGUGUACCUUGCCAAUUUCUGACUUCCGCCAAAAAAAUAUUAAAUGCAAAGAAGGAAGUGUAGCGAACCGAGGUCAUGUCUUGAAGUACGUCACUGGUGUCCGGAUUAUUAAAGGCAAGUGAUCCCCUCUGCCAGUCGCCCACAUGACACAUCUUGGAAGCCGUUUCAAACAUCCCCAUGAUUCAUAGAUGUAUGGAGAAAGAACAAGUGGAAACGUUGCGCAGCUGACUACUCAACCCUCUCAGUCUGCUAGAAAGAAAGCGAGCAACAAGGAAAUGCGAGCAGUUUGACUUGAGACAUCUACGAGACAAAAAUUCUUAGAUGUCUUUGGAAACAUCCGACAUGACGUCACAAAGGGCUGUUGCAUCAUUACAGGAGAGAAAGUCACACCAACCCAAUGAUCUAGUAUAGUUAUUUAUUAAGUCAUUGUCUACACAGUUGCAAUUUAGGUAGGUCAGAACCGUACUGCUGUUUAUUGAAAAGGCAAGCGGUAGGCAACAGUGAAAUAAUGCAUGGUAACCAUCAAAAGGUCCUUUUGAAAUCAAUGAAAAUGGGAGCAAUGUCAUUAGUAAAAACCAGAUUUACAAUGUGAUUAUCUUUUGUUGGAGGGCAUACAAUCUGAGAUCAAUCAGAAAAAUUGGUAAUAUCGUGGAAGGGCUGGAAUCUAGGUGGACUAUUACUAAAAAGCGAAUGAAUUUCAAGAAAGUUUAAGCCGCCAACGAUUUUUCCAACAUCGAUGCAGAUUCCAAAAUUAAUUUAAUGAUUUCACAGAGUGCUACAUUAUCCGUAGCUAAAAACUUAUGAGGAUUGCAGAUAUAGCCAAGAAAAACCUUCCUUUGUAGCGAAAGAAGAAUUAGUAGAAAACGGAAAUUUGCAGUAAAUGAGAGGACAUUCAGAUUACCAGGAUUCUACUUUAGGGCGGACCUAUUAUAAGGAGGACAUACGCCCUCAUACAUAUUUAUGCGGUUCUGACGGUAGAAAUAGAAGCCAUAUAUAAAAAGAGAAGAGUCAGAAAUUAGAUGAUGGGUCCAGAAUUCGGUCACGCACAUGAUAUCGAACGUUAUUUCGAGAGAAAUGACCCUUACCAAGGGAAUUUUGUUGAUAGCAGACCUGGAAUUUAAUAAGAUAAUAUUUAAGAUGCUUCGACCAGCAUGGCUAUUGUCAACGUCGUUUAAAAAAGGAGGUAUUUAGUUAGGCUAUAAGCGACUAUUGCAUGAGUAACAAGUACCAACGAGCCCAGAGCUAUUGGUAUAUGAAGAGUCGGCAAAAAGGCUGUGAUAAGACUAAAAUGUAGGGAUAUCUGUUUCAAACAUCACAAUACUAAGUGAGUUAGUACAGGGAUAGGCUUGUUACUAGCUAGUUUGGAAAAGGCGGAGGCUGGAAGGAAAAUACAGUCGGCUGGGAGGGGCAAGCAGUAGUAAGAAUUGGGUACAAUAUAAAACCACUGGCCUCUUAGUAGCGAACCUCUUCAGCUUAACAUGUUAACCGGCUUUCGCUUAGGCUAUUCUUGAAGGAAUAAUUUUAAUGUCUAUGCAGGGUCCUAUACAAAAUAAAAAGUUUCAGCGAUUUUAGACAGUUGGAAUUGUCGGAGUUUACUCUAUAAUGCAUCUUUUUAACCUGGAAAUUUUUCUUGGAGAAGCUCUAAACGACAAAAAAAGUUGCUGCUGCACUAGUUAUGUCAGCAUUCUGCCCUAAGCAGUUGGCUGAGUUUUAUGAUUCCUCUCCCCUGUUUAGGCGUGAUCACACGCUCAUUUUCCUCUCUCGCGCUUGCCUCGCCCACUAAACCAUAUGUUUCUGGCAAGCACUAGCUUUCAACAAAAUUCUGGUCGUAGUCCUUGCCAAGUACUCCAACAGACUGAGCCGAAUUAUAUUGCUAACUUUUUAGCUCUCGCGGAUCUUUAAAACAAGAUAAAUGCAGUUAUUUAUUCAGACAGUAUAUCUUAGCCUUCUUAACCUAUGCAAUGUAGUUUUGAUAAGUAAACUCGCCGUCCUCCGGAUGAUUGGCAUUCCAUAGCCCUCGAGAAUGGUUAGUUGGACAUGUGAGAGUGCAAACAAUUUUCUGAUAUUUUGUAGGCAACUCUUCCACUCUUUUAAGGAAGGCUCUUUAUCAACCCCUGGCCGACCCGAAUGAGACGUUAAUCGGUUAACCAGACGUUUAGAAAACGGUCUGGAACUGUAAAUUGGGCUGUUUGAAAAGCAAGUCACAAUAAAAACCUGCUUGGUCAGCUCGUCUCCUCCAUAGUCAUCCCUCGACCGGCGGUCCCAUUUGAUGUUCGUUUCUAGUCGUUAGCGCCGACCGACUUUUCAUUUCCGCUUAGGCACUUAUUCAUUUCGCAUGUCAAACAGCGCUAAACACAGUUUGCGGUAGAAUUAUGACGAAUUUCAAAUUCAGUACACCCAUGAAACCAAAAUAUAUGCAGAGCAAUCUAACAGAAUGCGUAAAUAAUCCACUAAAACAAAAGCAAAAGCAAAAAAAGAUCGAUUGAAAAGGAAAGGAAUCGAGCUUAAUCCUAUCAACGCCUACUGUUAAGGGUCCCGACAGAUGCUACAUCUGAGUCGCCACCAUCAAUGUCAACCACUAGGCGUCCUUCCAUCGGUUCAACAAAUCUACUAACCGAUGCAUGGCAUUACUAUUUUAACAAAAUUACUAAAAAUUCAUUAUAACCUUACAACGCCAGCGUCUCUCCAUUCAUUGCUUCCUUUUGUUGACAUAAUAGUCGUGUUUUAAAGCUUGUUUUUUCUCGCGCUCAUUUCCAAGAUCCCGUUCGCGCCGCUCUCCUUGGGUAAGGCGCUUGUUGUCUUGUGUAUGUAUUGAUUCCUGCUAGUUUUUGUCGUAUGUUCCGUCGAAUUUUCUUUAUUUUGACUCCCUCCGUCAGACUUCGUGAUCUGCAGUAUUUUUUGGAUUUUCUGUCGAUCUGUAAAAGUUAAUUACCUUUAACCGUAAAUGCGUCUAUUACACGAUGUGAAAUAUUGGGGGCUGUGAAGGGGCUUGGCGGGGUGGGUGCCAGCAGGUAGUAGCAAACUAUGUCAGGCCUAUAUCGACUAGAUAUCUACUUUUCUAGAUAUGCAUACCGGGUAGAUAUUGGUUUUGUCCGCUAUCCCGAUAUCGAGGAGGCAUCUAUUUUUCGGGAUACCCCGGAAGCGGCGAUAGUGGGACGUUGGCCACUGCGCAUACUGCAUCUGCUCAAACCAAUACCCAUGCUUUACGCCAAUACUUCCAAACUGCCUUUGUCACCCUAUUCCUGGCCUACUUAGUCACUACUGUACGCGUUAAUUGAACGGCCAAAUGACGGCUGUGCCAGCGGCGGUCGAUUAUUUUGAAGACUACUAAAUUGGAAAAAAUUCACUGAAUCAAAUCGUAAAAAUAAUUGACACACAGAAAUUGCAUUCAGUACUGCCGUUUUGGCGAUGUCUGUGUCACAGUCCUGCGGGCUGUCCUUUGAAGGCUGUGUCUGAGAGAAACACGUACCGGUUGUUGUUAGUACGGCAAAUCAUUGCACAGAAACACAUUAAACUUUUUUUGACUUUCCUUACCAUUGGCUGUGCCGCCGGGAUUGUUAAGUGAGCUUUGAUUUAGAUGCCCCUAGGUAUGGCACUGGCAUGCCAUGUAUUUCAAAGUGGAGAACCAGAGCAAUAGUACGAAGGGAUUACGUACGGCAGGCAGAAAUAUAACACCUGAGACUUUUACCUAUUUGUCACGAUCCUACUGCAGCCUUUCGGCCUGUCAGAUGCGCCGGUUACUUUUAAAGUAACAAAGAUACACGACUGGCUGGAGACAGUCUUCUUGGUCAGAUGGACUGCUGGGCAGCCGCUGCCUAUUGAUGCCUGAAUUAUAAGUGUACCAGGAGCCGAUCCACCAGCCUGUUUAGCAGCAGUGUUCGACGAACGACUCCUGAUUACAAACAUCGUUAUUGCCAGGGCUUUGACACGAAGUCGAUUUCGGAUGUGAAAGUUAGGAAGCAAUCUGUCAUUGCAUAGCACUAAAAUGGGCUGCUCAUGUCCGGCUCCAAGCUGUGGACACAACAUAUUGCCCUCCCUCCUCAUAACACAGCACAUAGCCACUGAACCCUCUCCGACGUACUCGUCAUUUUCAUCUAUCUUCACGGGGUAAAGUGACUACUGGUCGUAGGAAUCAGAGGGAGUACCAUCUAUAAUUUCGUCGGCGUAGUCGUCUAAGUAACGAAGCAAUUCGCUGAAGCGCCUUUGCCCACAGUUAUUGAGUUUCUCAGGAAUGGACAUUAUACGUCUCAUCACUUCGCGGUACUUGUAUGCCUCAUUGAAUGGAGGCAGCACGUCUUUCAUAACCAUAUCCGAUGAAAAGAAUGGUCACUGAGUGUGCGUCGAGAUUUUCAUUUAUCUCAGAAACUCCGAUAGUCAGUCAUCUAUAGCCUAUCAGAGUGAGCUGAAAGUCAACUCCUUUCGCAGCCAUGGGGACAUACAGCAGCUCCCAAUUUGAAAAGAAUCGACAAAAACCCUCGACUACCCAUCCACCACAUUUUUCGACCUUUUUCCUAGCAUCAAGAUGUUUUGAGGAAAACAUCUGAUGCAUACGUUGUCAGCCACUGACAUAUCGCUGCAAUGUGUCUGGAGCGGUCAUUAUACUGCCCGUAACAGCAGUAUACUUUGGCCUCAAAUCUUUCACUGUCAGCUUGUUUCGACUGUAGACAGAUGUCCAGACUAUUUACACAGUCCGUUAAGCUAGUGUAGCACUUACACCAUUGCUUGAGCGCUCGAUUAAGACUCUUGGCCUUAUUCGUCGUGUUGCCACUAUGGGUGAUAACCGAUGCUCGAGCAUGGUUGGUCAACAGGCGCUCACAAGUCAACCAAUUUUUUGGACAUAGAAUCAUGGCCCCGGGAAAUCAUUUUGAAGCUGUUGCAUCGCAGACGUAUUUGUUGAAAGACUAGGGGCUCUCACAACCUUCCUGACAAAACACAUCACCAGGUCGGCUAUCUCUUUGCUGUAGUGCCUAGUGACUUUACGCCUAAAGAUUCAGAGACAUUAAAAGUACAUAAUAAAAUAGGAAUCUCAAUUUCAGGAAAAAUGCGUCUCGAAGCUCUUAGUUUUUUAACACCCCUGUCAUUUAAACCGUUCGUAUUUCCUUGGAAGCCGGGCCUUUCAAAUCCUUCAACUUCCGAACGACCCAUUCGGUGAUUUUUGCCAUCCACCUAGGUGUGAAUGCGUAACACACCGGCCGCGCAUGACCAUGUGAUACAAUGCAGACCCAUGGCGGCUAUUGCGGCAGGUGCUGUCCAUCUGCACCAUUUUUGCAUGCUCGGCAAACACGACUUUUGGGGCCGACUUUGUGGAAAACAUGGCCUCUAGCCUUUUUUGCCAUAGAGGAAAUCAAGAAAACGACCGUCCAUUUGAAGAUAGGCCUCUGUCGUCCUUAUUGCCGACUUGUCAGGGCUCAGAAGGCCAGGGCGGAUUUUGCGCCCUGAUAUUUCACUUUGUUAUUCCAAAAGAAUUUACAGAACUGUUUUUAUAGACAAGGCUUACCUCUUAAAUACACCUUAAACCGACCGGCAGAAGGCCCGAUUUUAGCAAUCAUUUUGAGAUGAUUUUUGCCGACGUCUUCAAAAUAACGAAAUUCGGGAUAUGCGGACACCAAAAUCCGGUUACAGAAUGGGCGGUGCAGAAUGUAAGCUGAUUCCACUGGCAGUCUUCUUCUAAAUUCCACCGCAUUGAAUCUUGCUUUGCAUCCAAACCUCAUCCACCUGACACAUUAUCAGGUAGUUCGAAAACAAUUAUUUAACUCUCUGCUUCAAAUUUUUCCCGCAAUAUCUGCCCGCGUGGGCGCAGGCGAAGUAUGUAUAUACAUAUAUGCAUUGGAAAACGGGCUUCCCAAAAAUCUAAUUUGAAGUAGGUAAGAUUCUUCGGGAACAAAACAACAUUUAUUGCGUAAAUUUUCGAGACCGGUACCGUUACGUGUUUGUUGCAAUUUACCACCUCGGGAUUGGUUGGGCCAGUUUGAAUUUGUCCUAAACGAUGUUGUACGUGACAUCUAGAUCGAUAUGCACGUUGAUGGAUGCCUCAUUUUAGUGCAUUGCGUCCAGGAAUUUUCGGUCCUACCUGAUUGGGCAGGCGCUAACAGUGCGAGCGUUUUCCUAUGCAAAUUUGUGCCCAGUGUCCAGUGUGUGCAUGGCUACCUGGGAUAAAUGCUUACGUCUCUUCACCCUUAACUGAUGCUAGCAUAUUCGGGUUGAGGCAGAUUCCUCAGUUUGGUCACAAUAGGUAGCAUCACAACUGGCACAUGGGAUCUUAUAGACAACAUCCUUUCCAUUGAGGUAGCCAAUGCUGUCCUUAGGGUGUACAAGCUGUGCGCGCAAGGUGGUUGCAGGUUGGUGUGCUACUCAUAUCUAAUGUUUUUUUAACUGCUUUUCGACUAGUUCAGAUACAUUUUUCAUGUAUGGGAGAGUCCGCCAGAUGGUUGGUUUUGGUGCCCGAGUGGCCGUAAAAUUGGAAGUACCUUUUCCCUUGAGUUGGUGAUGUCUCGUGUAUUGACGUAUAAGGUCACGCGGGUACCCAUUUUAGGAGGAUAGUUUGUAGAGGCAUUUCAUUCCUGCUUGAUAUGUAUAAUUUUGCCAUAUGCGGGAUGGUCCUCUGACAAAUAGAAACUUUGAGAAAUUCGGAAGUUCGAGUUAGCUGCCUGAAAUUUCCAAAAGAGACCGUAUUUUCAUUUACCUUUUCAUAUUCUCUUACCCCGGUAAUCAAAUCUGCGUAGCUGUUAGAAAUGACGCUUUGUAUCAGUCUCUUAAAAUGCCCACGCAGAACCAGUGCUUGCUCAUGUGCUAAAACAUACAUAUAAAGGAGUGAUCAUCACAUUAAAUCUUUGUGGACGACGGAAUUAGCGUUCGAAAAUUCCGUAAAACAUGCCCAUUAAAAAUUUCUGUUAUGUCAACUUCUUCGAGCGGCACAGAGUCAUAAUUCUGGUCCAUUUAAAAGGAAGUUACCGACUGAAAAAUGAGUCUCAUACUACAAAGCCAGCAUUGUAGAUCAAAUACAGGCAUUAAUCAUUGUUCUUUUUCGUCGGAGCUGUGACGUACACAUAUUUCCAGCUGAUGUACACAAACUUAUCGGAAUGAAUGGAUGCCUAAACGAUAUUUGUAAGAACUUCAUGCCUUGUAAUCGUAGCCGGUUCCCUAGAAAUACUCUUAUGUUAGUCUUCCUUCAUUAAAUUUCAUGAUGACUUUUUCCAGGUCCCUCAGUGACUGGAAAUAUCGGCCGAACAGAUCCUCAAGGGAUUGCAACUCAUCAACAGAAGCGGACGCCAUCGCAUUGCACGCGAAAGUGCUCGAAGACUGCGCUACACCGCCGUAUAUAUCAUUUUAUCCACCAAUCAUUUUAUCGUGCGGAAACCUUCCGCGCGCGUACAUCAUCAGUUACUCACUCGCAUAGCGCGCACUUACGGAGGAUGGUGAUGGCGUCGUCCGAUUUGGUCAGUGUUGCUAUUCCGCCGUAUCAUUUCAUUCAUGUCCUGGACAAAAAUACCAAUGUUACGACGUUGGUUUCGGGGCCGACCACGUUCUACAGGAAGGAUCAUGAAAAGUAUCCAGUUAAACAUAUCUUUUACUAUGUAUUCCCAGGAUAGUAAAGAUGCCGCAACGGAUGAUUACAAUAACACCAAAAGAAUACUGCAUAAUCUCAAAUCCUGUCAAGAAGGACCAGAACGGCGCCGUUAUUUUGGAUGAAUUCGGACAGGCUGCACUAAUUUACGGAGAUGAGGAAUAUCGUUUUACCCAGCCUCCUUUUCCACUAUACCCUGGGGAGGAAAUGAAGAAAGAAGUCGCACCUCUAACCGUUCUGUCGUCGAAUGAGGCACUUCUUCUUUCUGCUUUGAUUAACUUUAAAUCAGAGGACGGUACUGACCGUGUUGCUGGAGAACGAUGGUUGUUCGAAGGUCCGGGUAUGUCACCCAUUGCAUUGAGGUACUUCGUAUGAUCUGUGUGACACUGCCUAUUUAGGGAUUUUAACAAUACCACCGCUGCUGCUCUCUCCCUAAAUCUACCUCUAAACUACUAGCAGAACCUGUACAUUUGACACUAUCACGGAAGUGCUCCCACCACUGGAUGAGGCGAACAUGCUUACUUUUCCAGGUAGUUUGCACUAAACAGGAUCAUUACGGUGCAUGCAGUCAAUGUAAAAGUUAUGUCAGAUAUCGCAUAAAACCGAACUACUUGUUUUACAAAUGCUCUGCCGUUUCAUAACGUACCUGUGAAUAACUCAGCUCUUCAAUGGGUCCCCGGUGUUUGCCCUCAGAUUCGUGGUAACUAAGCCAAGUUACCACUCUUGUUAAACAUCAGCAGAUUGAUUUUACCCAGCUUCCGAGAGAUUUUAAAAUUCAUCCCAGCGUCUGUAUGAGAAUUGAAGCUGUAUAAAACUAAUUGCAGAAUGUACACAUGUACAAAUAAGCAAUCAGUCGUUUGUUUAUGUUUCAUGGGAAGAGGAUCGCUAUCCUCCCAGGUCAGGCGCUUCCUGACACCCGUUUUAUCGGUUGCAGUUGGUGCAGUUGGUUCUCAACAGUUGUUUAUGCUUGAGAGCUCUAUUCGAAACUUUUAUGGUCUAAUUUUUAGCUGCAAGACCUUUUUAUGUGUUUUAUACAUAUUUGUCACCUUUUACAAAUGCUCCAUUCCGCGGGUUUGUAAUAAGACCUCAAUACUUAGAAUCUGUGGCUGAUGGUGUCACUCUAACAGAUGUGUUGCCGACUUAACUGCAUAUACGUGUUAAAUGCAUCUAUCAGUUACUUAUUUUUGCGUCGAGAUUUUGCAUGUUUUUUAUUUAUCCUGCUGCAUGUUACUUUUGCAGCUCAUCUUUUGAGCACUUCAGUAGCUUCCGUGACCAUUCAGGUGGCGGAAAUAGGGCGUUUGAGGGUAUUUCUUUGAUUUAAGAAUUUGAGACAUUGAUUAGGGUUACUCUAUUAUGCAGUUUUCAACUGGAGCCCGCACAGUACUGUAGACUUAAGCAUUCUCAGAAACAGAGGAUCUGAUUUAUAGUUUUCUUUGUCGUUUCUGCAGUAGCCGAUUGGCGAGUUUUUGGUCUGUGGCCAACCUGCAGGCAAUGAAUUUAUUUCACCCAGAUGCUUAAAACCGACAGAUAAGAAUUCGAAAGAGCCCCAUUGUUUUUGUCAUGCAUGUGCCUACUUCUAGACUUAACAAUAACAACAUCUCGGUCAGCAACCGCUCCCAAAAUUUCCUAUCAUCCAACUAUAGGAGUAUGCCAUUUCAUCUGCUCCCCUCUCCGUUCCAUUAGUUAAAAUUUGUUUGAUCAAUUAUGUGCAACCAUUUCCUCCUAGGUGUAUACAGACCGCGCAAGGAGGUCGAAGUACUGUCAAAAAGAACGGCGGAAAUGA